UCGGGAGGCCGCUUGGCAUGCUGGGAGUUGUAGUUUGAUGCAGGUUCAGGGUUUCGGCCGUGAGCUCCAGAAUCCAGGGUUGAUUUCAGCCUGCCCUUAUUAGUGCCUGGGCCACAGGUGAGCCGUUAUUGGCUGCCGUUAAGGACCAUAACCAUUCCCGGGCAAAGACACCUGCUCAGGCUGAGAGCUGUCACCCACACUCAUCUCUCCAGAGCCAAGACUGCUGUCAGCAUGAUGCCUUAUAUGCAGUGCAGGCAAGAGGAGGAGGUCAGAGAGGUUGAAUGAAGUCUAAUGAAACAUGACCCAUGAAGAGUGGUUAUAGAGAAUGGUGGUGCUGAUGUGUGUGGACCCUGCCAUUCUUGCAGUUCACAGCUUAAGCGGGUCCUUCUGGUGUUCCUGUGGGGGACCUUCCCGACCUGCCAAGCUUCGCCUCCAGUGACUCCUGGCUCCUGGCUUAGCCUCACUGACCUCCCUCUUUCCUGGGAAGAUGUUCCUGGUGGGCCUGACAGGGGGCAUUGCCUCAGGCAAGAGCUCAGUGAUCCAGGUGUUCCAGCAGCUGGGUUGUGCGGUGAUUGACGUGGACGUCCUUGCCCGGCUCGUCGUCCAGCCGGGAUGCCCCGCCCACCGGCGCAUUGUGGAGGCCUUCGGCACCGAGGUCUUGCUGGAGAACGGCGACAUCGAUCGCAAGGUCCUGGGGGACUUGAUCUUUAACCAGCCUGACCGGCGGCACCUGCUCAACACCAUCACCCACCCUGAGAUCUUCAAGGAAAUGGUGAAGGAGACCUUCAAGUACUUUCUCCGGGGAUACCGCUACGUGAUUCUGGAUAUCCCUCUGCUGUUUGAGACCAAGAAGCUGCUCAAGUACAUGAAGCACACGGUGGUAGUAUACUGUGACCGGGACACACAGCUGGCCCGGCUGAUGCAGCGGAAUAACCUGAACCGUGAGGACGCAGAGGCCCGGAUCAAGGCCCAGCUGCCCCUGAAGGACAAGGCCCGCAUGGCCCACCAUGUGCUCGACAACUCAGGCGAGUGGAGCGUCACCAAACGCCAGGUGAUCCUCCUCCAUGCAGAGCUGGAGCGCUCCCUGGAGUACCUGCCACUAAGGCUCGGGGUCCUCACAGGGCUGGCUGGCAUUGCCAGUCUCCUCUACCUGCUCACCCACUACCUCCUGCCUUCCCCCUAGCUGGACCCUCGGGGGCAGGAAUUCUCAGGUCUCCAUCUCCUCAGAGGCUGGAACCAGGUAACAAAUGCAUCCUGUCUCCUCCCAGCUCAACACACACACUCUGAAUCUGAGCUGGAGCCCUGUGCCGGGCUCACCCUUCCUUGGAGUGCCUCGUGUCCCAGGCAGAGAAACAGCCCUCUGUUUCUCCUUCCCAUCUUCCCCAGGGCCCCUCCUUUUGGAACCACCGAUCAGUGUCCAUGAGGGGGUGUGAAAGCAACAACAGGUGACCAUUAGGAAUUUCUUGCGGGUGAGGAUGAGGAGCACUCUCUGUGGCCCUCACUUGUGUUUAAAGCUGGGAGGUUUCCUGGGCUGGAAUCUGUCCUAGCACAUGCCCCAUCAUGGCUAAAAGCCCCUCUCUGAACCAUGGGAUGUCAUUUUGGACCAAGGGCUGCCACCUUCAAACAGGAUUCUCCCAUAGGUUGAAGCCCUUGGCCAGGAUGCAGUAAGGAUCCCCUUAUGGUUAAGAGGCCAGGUCUCUUCUGGGAUGACACCCUUCCCACCAUGGCAUUUCCCCGGCACUCCCUGCACCCUGCUCCUACCUCCUGCUCCUUGUACUCCUCGCCUGAGUCUACAUGCACCAGGAUGUUUCUCACCUCUGUGCCUUUGCCUGGCUGCUCCCCCAAUCUGGAAUACCUUCCCUCCACCUUAUUUUAUUUUUUCUGCAACUGGCUAACUUCCAGCUCAGGCACCAUCUAGAGCCCCAGGCUGGGUUAGGUGCUGUGAGAUCCCAACCACCUCCACAUUUUACCUGAAUCCAUGAGCCAAAAGCCUACUAGACUGUAAGCCCUUUGAGGGCAGGGACUAUGUCUUAUUCAUCUCUGUGUUCCUGGUGCAGAGCCCGAUUCACCCUGGUGCUGAAUAAAGUGUGUUGAUCUGAAA